AUGACCAAGAGGAAAAAGUUGGAGCUCUUCAAGAGGAUUAGGCAUCCUCAUGUAAGCAUUUUUUUGUAUUGUUAAUCAAUUUGAUUCAAGUUUUAUUUGAAGGUAAAAUACGGCAUUUUUUGCUGCAAUAAAGUUGCGAUUUCAGGCGCAAUCUCUAAUCACGGCUAUCAGCGAUAUUCUUGGAUUUCUUUUCCUCAUGAUUUUUACCUGUCCGGCUCUCUACAAAGUCGAAAUCCACAGUUCAAAAAAUUGCCUGGAAAAUGGAUUUUUCCGCCUUUAUUUGGCCGGACUAAUCUGCUCAAUACUGCUGUUAAUUGGAGCCAUUUGCAAAGCAAUUACUCCGUAUUUCAUCUACAUUUCUUUUAAGGUAUUUAUUUUCAGAAGUCUCAUCUUGAAUUUGAAUUUUAGAUAGUAUUUAUAAUCAUGUUCCCGACACAGCUGAUGCAUGAUGGAAGCUACGAGAAGGCUAAAAACUCUGAACAUGCUUUGGCGUUGUUUUACGGAGGCUUGGUAUUGUUCGUACUCUUCAAUUUUGUAUCAAUUAUCGCGGUAGUUCAAGGAAUCAGGUAUCUAUCGGAGAAGAGGAAGAAGGUGAAAACGAAGAAGAUCAGUGGAGUCAGUAG